AUGACCACAACCACCAAACUGGGCCACGACCCAGCCAAUUAUUGGACAUACGAUGGCGAAACAGCCACUAUAGACCUCACGCGAGGGAAAGGGAACCCCACGCAGCAUGUCACCCUACAAACGACAACCAACCCCAUCCGUGUCAAUCCAGCCACAACCGCGCUCGUCAUAAUCGACAUGCAGAAUUACUUCCUGUCGCCCGCGCUACGGCCUCCGACCGAUGGGACUCGCAAGCUCAGUGCCGGCCAACGCGCCGCGGCGAACCUUCUCGCGAGCGCAAUCCCGGGAGCACGCGCGCACGGCAUCCCCGUCGUGUGGCUCAACUGGGGCCUCUCGGAGGAGGAUCUCCGAACGAUGCCGCCGGCGAUUGUGCGCACGAUGGGUCGGUAUAACGCGGGGGCUACGUGUGCCGAUCUGAGCGACAUGGUUCGGACGAAAGACCCCGCCGUGUAUCGCGGACUGGGGGAGGACCUCGGCGGCGUGACGCUGGAGGAUGGUAAGAUUGUUGAGGGAGGAAGGAUCCUCAUGCGAGAUACAUGGAACGCAGGAUUAUAUGGAGAGCUGGACGAAGAGUACCGUCGACAUGCGGGUGGCUCGCGUGACGCCGACGUGGUGGUCUACAAGGACCGCAUGUCUGGGCUGUGGGGGAGCGGGACACAUCUUGAGCGACAUCUUCUGGAGCGAGGGAUCACGACUUUACUGUUUGCGGGAGUCAAUACGGACCAGUGCGUGGGGUCUACGCUGACGGAUGCGUUUAGCAAAGGGUAUGAUUGUGUGCUUUUGCGGGAUGGGACGGCGACGACGUCGCCUGCUGCGGCGAGUGAAGCUUGGGAGUAUAAUUGUACGAAUAGUUGGGGGUUUGUGAUGACUUGCGAAGCGUUGAAUGUAUGACUAUGACCACAAGUCCCGUAUUGGGUCACAUGAUAG